AUGGAAGUAUCCAACUCCCGUAUUCAAAGCUCCAAACGCAAGUUUGACGACACCGUUUCAUCAUCAUCCAACGGCGUCGAUCUUUCCCUUCUCGAAGCAAUUGAGAAAUCACAAACCACCAUAGAAGCAGUAGACAACCGAACCCUAAAGAAGCUCGUUCUCUCCUUCGAACGCCGGUUGAAGGAAAACAUUGAAGCACGACUCAAGUACCCUAACCAACCCGAUCGAUUCGCGGAUUCGGAAUUGGAGCUCCACGAAGAGCUUCACAAGCUCAAAGUCCUCGCCGGAGCACCGGAGCUUUACCCUGACCUAGUUAGUCUCAAUGUUGUUCCGUCAAUUGUUGAUUUGCUUAACCACGAUAACACCGAUAUUGCUAUUGAUGUUGUUCAGCUUCUUCAAGACCUAACGGACGAGGACGCCCUUGACGAAAACGAUGAGCCUGCCAGGGUUCUUGUUGAUGCUAUUGUUGAUAACAGUGCGUUGGAGCUUUUGGUGCAGAAUCUUCACCGUUUGUCUGAGUCUGAUCCUGAUGAGAAUGCGGCUAUUUAUAAUACGCUUGCUACGAUUGAGAAUUUGAUUGAGGUGAAACCUGCUGUGGCGGAGUUGGUAUGCGAGAAGACGAAGUUGUUGAAGUGGUUGUUGGGGAAGAUUAAGGUGAGGGAGUUUGAUGGGAAUAAACAGUAUGCGUCGGAGAUUUUGGCGAUUUUGCUACAGAGUAGUUCUGUGAAUCAGAAGAAAUUGGGGCAGAUGAAUGGUGUGGAUGUGGUGCUUCAGGCUGUGGCGAUGUAUAAGUCGAAGGAUCCUAAGAGUUCUGAUGAGGAGGAAAUGGUGGAGAAUUUGUUUGAUUGUUUGUGUUGUUUGUUGAUGCCUUUGGAGAAUAAAGAAAGGUUUGUGAAAGCCGAAGGAGUUGAGUUGAUGAUAAUUAUUAUGAAACAGAAGAAAUUGGCUUAUGCUUCUGCUAUAAGGGCUAUUGAUUUUGCAAUGACUAAUUAUCCUCCUGCUUGUGAACGUUUUGUUGAUGUUUUGGGAUUGAAGACAGCUUUUGCAGCUUUUAUGGGUAAGAUUCCCAUUAAUAAGAAGAACAAGAAAGAACGGUACCAGGAGGAGUUAGAAGAGCGCAUUGUGUCUCUGGUUGCUUCAUUAUUUGGUGGUAUCUUGAGGGGCUCUAGGAGAGAAAGAUUAUUAAGUAAGUUUGUUGAAAACGAAUGCGAGAAGAUAGAUAGGCUAAUGGAACUAUACAUCAGAUAUUCGGAUAGAGUCAAAGCUGAAACUGAACGGUUGGAUCAAAUUGAGUUUGAUGACUUGGAGAUGGAUGAAGAUGAAAAGUACAAUCGUAAAUUAGAAUCCGGACUUUAUACUCUUCAGUUGGUUGCUGUCAUUUUGGGUCAUAUUUGGUGCUCCGAGCAUCCACAAAUGAGAGGAAGAAUUGAACUACUUCUCAAGCAGAACAAACUUAGUAAAAAUCACGUCAAGGAUAUACUUCAGGAAUAUCAUGACAAUAUUGGCGAUCUUGAUGGGCCAGAAGAGAAGGAGCGAGCACAGGCCAAGAUUCAGAAGUUUUUAACGGCGUUAUAG